GUCAAAAUACCUGAGUGUAUCGCCCUUAGAUUAAACUUUAACAGCGCUGUGACGGCUUUCUUCCUCUCUUUUAGUGUGUUCAACUUCUGAGAGGGCUGUUACAUGACUCCCUUUAAAUGUUUGGCUUUAGCCCAAUCAUUUUAGGAACAACUAGCUCCAUCCAUGGCAAGGCCGCCCGUAAGGGAGGAUAAAGGGGAGAGCUUUCUGGGACCCAGGCAAAUGAUGGGACCAUGAGGAGGCAGGUAAAAUGGAGCUACCGGAACAACUACGCAGCCAACUCUUUAACAGCAGGGGGGCGGACUAUCAACAGAGAUGGAGCAUGACUGAAAACACUUCACGGAGACUGGAUUUACACGGUUUGCUCAAUUUCUUGGACACUAUCUCUGUGAACCGCGAACAACGACUUCACUGCAGCAUGAAUCUUGACAGCAGCCCACCAAGUCCACAAGGGGAGACCGUCUUACCAGAGAACAGCAUUUUAUAUCAGAGGAGUCUGAGGAGUCUGCGGUUGCUUGCUACGAAAUUUGUCAAGAUGUUACAAGAAGCUGAGAAUGGAGAGGUGGACCUCAAAGAUGCUAUCGAUCAACUGGCCAUAGGAAAGAAGAGGCGAAUCUAUGACAUAACCAAUGUGCUGGAGGGUGUUGGCUUGAUUGUGAAAAUAUCAAAGAGCAUUGUUAAAUGGAAGGGAUCAUUUCCAGGGGAAGAUUCACCGGAGUUUGACAGCAGACUAAUGGAGUUAAAGUCUGACCUGGAGGACUUGGAGCAGAAGGAACACACUUUGGAUCAGCAGAAGUUUUGGGUUGAACAGAGCAUCAGGAACACAAAAGAAGAUUGCAGUCAUCUGACGUAUGUGAACCAUGAUGAUAUUUACAUCGCCUUCACUGGCCACACUCUUCUGUCAGUACAGGCCCCACGAGGCACACAGCUUGAUGUCCCCAUUCCAAAGGCUGUCCCAAACAGCCCAGCAAAGUACCAGAUCCAUCUAAAGAGUAUCAACGGGCCCAUAGAUGUCGUACUUCUUAACAAAAGCUCAGAGAGCUCUGAUCCUCUCGUGCUGCCUGUCCCACCAUCUGAGGAAAUUUUACAAAAAGGCAUAUCUGUAAAGCCCACCUCAAAUGAUACAGGAAGUGGCAUUUCAUCUUUUCAGGCUUCAGAUCAUGUCACACGCAGCACCGAACCCACGUGUCCAGCCUUGGAAGACCUUCGACGUCUUCUGUCAUCAUCACUGGAGAAUAAUGAGCCUCAACAGAAAGCUGAUUCAUCUGAAUUGCUAAAUUUAUCAAAAGAACUGGGGAAACUACUCCACCCAAACAAAGAAAAAAUGAGAGAGAAUUUUUUAGCACAGCUGAUGAGCUCUGAAGUUUAUGCUCCUCCUCUCGGCUUGUCUUCACCCCCAUCUGAACUGGACUGCAGAUUUAAUCUGGAUGAGAGCCUUUCGGAUCUCUUUGACAUCCCUUUGCUCAACACAUGAACUCCGAGUAAAUAUUUGCACCUCAAAAAUGACAUAUGAACCUGUUUUUAGAUAGUUAUAACAAAUAAUAAACACAUGAUUCUCA